UACGUAUCACAUGCUGGAGAAAACCUGGCAAGCCUUAGUUUUAUAUUCCUAGUUAGACCCUUCUUUCAAUUCUCCCAGGCCUUACAAAAUGAAAACCCAUUGAAAUCAUUGAAUCAAUUCACUUGAAUAAUUGUCAGUACUAAAAGGGAAGUGAAGCAUGUUCUUCAAAGAUCGUUCGCUAGGCUGUGGCUAUCUGCCGAUAUUCUGGUGUACUUUCACCUGCUUUACCUUCGCCUUGUGCUACACAGUUGCUGUAAAACUCGACCAUAUCUACCCUCUUGUCCCAGCUAUAAGCGACACAGGAGCACAAGUACCAGAAUCAAACAUCUUUUCUGAACUGUUCAACUUUUCAUGUCUUCUUCUUGCCGUAAACAUGUUCCUUCGGUAUCUUCAGUUCGGCAUUAUUAGCAAACCAUUCAUUUCUACUGAUCCGCUGCUUGAACGCUUCAACAAGCUGUCCCUGUGCUUUGGAAUGGUGGCUGUAUUUGGAGGUACUAUCAUAGCAAAUUUCCCUUCACAAGAGGAGAGUAACAUGGUAUAUUUUCACGAUACCGGUGCUGUACUUCUGUUUGGCUUUGGAGCUGUGUACUGCUGGCUACAAACCAUAUUGACCUACAAGCUGAAUCUUCUCGAUGUGAGCCCAGUGUCUUUGUUUGCUGUACGGCUUAUUCUGACCUGCAUCAUCACAGUGUUCGGAUCGAUUUUCUUCAUAGCUGAAGUAGCAGCGUAUGAUGCGUUUCGCCAGCAGACGGAACAUACCGUAGCUCACUGGCAGCCAGACGACCCUGGAUACUCUGUACAUGUCCUUAGCAACAUCGGAGAGUGGUUGUCAGCCUUCUGCUUUGGUUUGUACAGUGUCACGUUUUUUGACGAGUUUCAGUGUGUUACUCUUAGUUUGGACUGUAAGCUAAAACCAGGCGCUGCUUCGGAGAGUAGAGACUAUCUAAACCUUGAAGAAGGCAAUCGAGAACAGGACGAUGAAUAGAUGAUGUUAUCCUUGCUUUGGUGGUGUUGGUUAUCUAACAAGUCUACUUACUGGAAUUAUACAAUAAACUGUGUAACGAUCUCUUCUCUCCUCCAAUCCAACCCCCACCCCCUCUAACUUGCUACCAUCGGUAACGGGUAUGCUUGAACAAAUUACUGGUUCCCUAACUUGUGAAAAGCUAAGGUUAAUCCUGUAUGUUACAAUUACAUCAUAUUAUCCUUUGUUAACUGGAUUAUGCGGUUAACUAUCUUGACGUACGCAUGGUGCUCGGUGAUUGGUCAGCUUCGUUUAGUUAGGUCUACCUUUGGGACUGGUGUUGGUUAACUUCCGUUUUUAUGUAACUUUUAAAAUUAUAAUCCAAUAAAACACCGAUAAAAUCAA